CACAGAGUGGCGCUGAUGCUGGAUUUUUCCCUCCUUUUUUUUGACAGUCCAAUGUAUUUGAGGUUGAUGUAUAAUUUUCGGUUGAAAGUUUAAUUUUGUGGGGCGCUGGCGUGUUUAUUAGUUUUUUGUCGAUGAUACUGAUAUCUAUUGAGCGUUAAACUGAAUUUAAAUUUACAAACUUAAUCUUUGUAAUGGAGGCUUAUCGAAAGCGCGGAUUUAAAAAGUGCGUGGUGCCUGGUUGUACUGAUAGAAACAGUAAAAGGCAUACAUUUCCAAAACAUGAUGCCCCUCUUUUUAACAAAUGGAUCGAGCAAGUGCGAAAUCCAGUUUUGGACAAUAAAAGUCUCGAACAAAUUUAUAAAAGACAUUUGGUGUGUGACUUACAUUUUUCGGAAAGUGAUAAAGUGCCGGGAACCAAGAGAGGUCUGAAAAGAACAGCUUUUCCUACUUUACAUCUUCCUGAACUUCAAUUUUCAAGUGAUGGCUUGAUUAAACCAUUACGCGUAAACAUCACCCCAGGAAUGAAGACUUACACGCCCAAAAAAAGUUGUCACAUCAACAUUCAUGAAACUGAAAUCAAACAGGAAAAUGAUGACUUUGAAACAACUAUACAUCAGAGUAGCUUGGAGAAGAGUGAAGAGCCAGAUGCUGAUGUCGUAGAGAUAAAGACUGAACAUUCAUUUGAUAUAAGUUCUGCAGAGGAACCAGAUAGCCACAGUAAAAUGGGUUCCACCGCAACAUAUUCAACGUUUCAGAGUGUCAAAAAUGAACACUGGGAUGGAGUUAAGCAGGAAAAUCAGUUGUUAGCAGAGGUAAAAUCCGAAAAACAAGAAACAUCACCAACUGUGGACAACACGAAGUUUGAAAAUAUGGACACUAUGGUGCUGAAGAAAGAGUUCGAGAUCAAAUCUGAAUAUGAUGAAGAUGCCAUAUCUGAUUUAGCAUGAAUAGAAUGAGUAAAGUCGAAGAGAAAUUAGAGCAUAGGAUUGAAAACGGCUCGACAGCAGAUCUGAAAAGUAGAAGAAAGACCACCUAAGGGCAGUGCUCUUGGAAAAACUCGAGAACGACCAAAGCUGCGGACACGAUUCGGCGCCCGAUGGAUACAACAGUCAUUUCUCACACCACAUCAGUGCUCCAUGCUGGAACAACGUAAUCCUGGCAACACCGCUGCUUCAAAACAUCGUCAGCCCCGCUAUACUUUUUUAGUUAUUUUAUUGUACUAGUACAAUGAUUUGUACGUUUACAUUUGUUUUUAUGGUAGAAUCAUGAUGACUAGAGAUAGGAGGUUAAACUCGUGGAGUGGGGGUGCAUCCAAAAAAUGAAUUGCAGAUGCUGCGCAUGUGGCUGUCAUCAUCACUAGGGAUAGCGAUUCUUCCAAAAAAGAUCGAUUUUUGAAUCAAUUCGAAUCGGAACCAGAUGAAUCGAUCCACAAAAAAUACGCCAUUUAAAAGAUCGAUCUCUAAAAAAUCGAUCUUUUUUCAAAUUUGCAUCUACAAUACGUCAUAGAAAGGAAAAACGGUACCAAAAUAACCAAUCAGUUAUUAUAAUACUCGUAAUCAUAAUUUAUUCUCAUCAAUUUACACAAUGUGAACAAAUGCAUAUGGCACAAAAAGAACAUAUCCUUGCAUGUGGAUAUCAUGCUAAUACAACAUACAUAAUAAAAAAUAGCAGUUAUAAUGAACUCAAAG